UACAUAUUAGUAUUUCUAUCAACAACUCUCUGUCUGAUGCUUCAGUCUAACCUUACCUAAACAACUUCUUCUAUCGGUAUUUACUCACGCGGUAACUUUCAGUAUAUCCUCACGUAUCACAUGAGGAAAAUGGAAAAUGGCGACCACAGGCCCAUAAUACAAUGUAAUGCAAGGACAGACCAUAGGCGCCCGACUCUGAUAUAUUUAUAAGCAUGACCUAUAUAAAUAAGAUAUAAGAAAGGUGUGUCAGUAAGUCGAAACAUAAUAGCGGCCCGGCUCGGCUCGGCUCGGUUUCGUCCUGACAAACGCUUCCCAUUCGUGACCAACUCCGGGUUAUUCCAGGACAAGCCGAAUAGCGGGUUACGGAAAGGGGCGAGUGGUGACGAAUGUACAGCACUGUGUAACAAUGUUCGAAGUUCAAUACCGGAAGUUAUGUUUCGAAGAUUAAAAUUAGUUGAGCAGGAUGCGAUUUUAAAUGGCUGCAGAUAAAUUUGAGUGCGAACUUAUAGCAAUUGAUGCGAGAAAAUCGCGAUAUCGCGGCCCAAGUCACUCCCUGUUAACUGAAUGAUUAACGACAGACUUAUAUUUUGGACUGAAGCUUAUGCUAAAAUAUCCGAGGCACAGGCAGGGUUUAGAACAGGAUACUCAACCGCCGACAACAUCUUUAUUCUUCAUUCUAUUACACAGAGAAUUCUAUCGAAAAGGGUUUCAGUCAAGACACGUUGAGGAAAACAUGGCCGGUCCACAGAGUAUAUCAGAGGAAGAGCUCCUGUACUACAAGGGAUUAAGGAUUCUCAACAAGGCCAUAGCCCCUGAACUACGUCAGCUGUUUAAAACGUUAUGGGAACGGAAGAAGAGUAACCCAUGGCAGGACGACCAAACCUCAGGGGAAUCGUUUUUUAAUGAUCACAAACCAAAGUCAGAAAAUGGACGAUAUGAUAAUACAAUUAAAACUGGCAACGUGGAGGCCUGGGAUAUGACAGUUUUGUGUAGAGCGUUUAUUGACUACACCCUCAUGAGAACAAUUAACAAUAAGUACAGUGACAAAGUCAGCAUCUUGAGAAACUUACGGAACAAAUAUGCUCAUAAUACCAGCUUAAGUUUGUCUCGGGAUGACUAUGAAGAGCAUGUGCGUCAAAUUAAGACGGUAUUUAAUGACCUGGGUCUGAAAGAAGACACAUUGACUUUGGCCAUAAACAUUAAACCGGACGACAUAGAGCGCCAAGAGCUUCUGAAUGAAAUAAAGACCCUGAGAGAGCGAAAAGAGGAAAUCCUUAACACACUUUCCAAAAGCGAUCAAGAGAUACUGAGGGAAAUGCAGUCACUGAGGCAGGAACAGACAGAGGGUAAGGAGGAACUCCUCAACAAACUUACUUCAUUUAGACGAGAACUUACCGAUGAACUACAUACCCUUACGCAGGAAAACCUCACCAAUCGCACUGUAUCUCGUCAAGAGGCAACUGGAGGCGAAGGCAAGCCAGAUCAGGAAGACCUACCUGAAUGGUUCCAGGGAGAGUCUCAUGACCGCCAACAAUUGAUCGUUUCUGACAAACUCAUCGGGAGUAUUGCAACACACGUCGGUGCUGAAUGGGAGCUGAUAGCAGCAGAAAUGAAAAUCUCCAAAAUCAGUCGAGAAGGUAUAAUUGCCAAAAACCCAAGAUCUAUCUCGCUUCAAGUUGUUGCCGCAUUCACUAUGUGGAAACAGAAGAACUCGCGUAAAGCAACGAUUGCAUCAUUGAUGAGAAUCUUGUGGACGUGCAACGAGCGUUGCACCAUAGGCUGGGAAGGUAUAGAAGCUGAGGUGAUGAAGUGGGAUUGGUGAGUGUCUCUCCGACUAUCAAACCUGACAGAGGAUAACAAGUUCUUCUUUCUAAUGAUAUCCCACCACCUGAGCUAGUGAAGGUUCAACUAUAGGCAUCCAAAACACGUUGUUAUCUGGUGUUUUAUUCUUUAAUUCUAUCUACUUAUAACAAAAAGCAAAUAAAAUCUUUGAAACCGA